CACCAGGUUUUGUAUGCGCCACAGCUGAUGUUUUGAAGCAUCUACAACUAUAUGGCUCUGGUUCACAAUCUAGUGCAGAAGCAACUCCAGUGGAUCAAGCUAAUGGAGGAAGCAAGAGUUCAAUCAAAGUGCCUGAUGGGGCUGCAUCAGUACCCACCAUGGUUUUAGGAAAAUCAAAAAAGAAAGUUACAUUUGCAGACAAAGGGAAAAUAUGUACAUGGGAAUUCUGCUGAUUCAUCUCCUACUGCUAGGAGACCAGUUACAAGAUCCAUGUCCCCACUGAAGUCAAAUAUUGCUGUAGAUUUGGAGAUAAAAAAUUCUCCCAGCCCUAGAAGAGUCACGAGGUCUUCUACUCCUGAAAAUGUGACAAGGCAGAAAGUUGUAGCUUCGAGGGGAAGGCCGUCAUCAUCUAUUGGUGGACAUAAUGGAGUUAACUCUGUUGAUCUUGCAUGUAGCAUCGACCUGAACAGGAAUUUGGUUCUAGAUGGUCAUGAAACGCCUCAAAAUACACCUGCUGCUACAACAGUUGUUACAUCUGGCACAGUUCCUUCUGCUGAAACUAUUCCAAACCAUGGCAAUGUGAUCUUGCAAGAAGCCACACCAGUGAAUGUCAGAAGUAAUCCUGCUGCUGGGUCAGCAGAGAUGGUCAUUAGCAUUGACAUUAACAGGAAACUUGACCUUGAAUUCGGUACUGCAAAAGUUGUAACACAAACUGAACAGCAGAGGAAGUUUAAAGAGCUCAAGGAAGAUUGUCCUUCUUUCGAUCUUGGCUUCGAUCUGAAGGAGGCUGGGAAAAAGGUUGAUGAAGGUGCUACAAUGGAAGAACCAGUAAUCAUUUCAAGCAACGAUAGUGGUGACUCUCUGGACAAAAUAUAUGCGACCAUCGAUAUGCCCAUUACGCCAUCGACAGUACAAGUAAAGGAGUUGCAGAAGGUAGUGUUGUCGCCGAGGAACCAAAAUAGUGUAACACCAGUACCUCAAGCUAGGAGAGUUGUAAAACUGGGGCCUAAACAGAAAUCGCCAUAUGAGAAUUUCUGCAAAAAACCUACUGUCACUAGGUCAGAUGCUGAGUUGUACAUCAAAGUGUGCUCAUAUGGUGGCAGAACCAAGCACCUGUUGAACAAAGAAAAAAUUAUUGACUAUGGUACCUUCUUCAUCUAUCUCCGCGACUUGGCAGAUUCAAUCAAGCCAGAUGGUUGGAUAAGCAACUCAACCUUCGAGAUAGGUUUACUUAGUAUGUCUGAGGAGAUGGCCAAGCAGAAAAAAUUUCUGAUGCCACUAAGGCUUGUUACCAAACUAAGGGAACCAUCAUGCCACUUAGAUAAGGAGGUGCAGAAAGCAUUUGAAUGCACGCCUACAUACCGGCUAGACCACAAAGAUAUGAUAUUGUUCUCUGUCCUCCAAAAUCUCACUCCUGAUCUCAAAAUUAUGAGUGGACACUAUUACUUAAUCGUGCUAAAUUUGAAGGCUGGGAGGUUCGAAGUAAUGGACUCAAUGAGGAAGGAGGGAGACAAGUUACUUAUGCAAGAUGCUAGAAAUAUCAUUGGAAGCAUCAAACACUUCUGGCAAGCUAACUAUAGCGCCUCAAAGAUUGACAUCUCCAAAUACAUGACUGUUCAUAUACCAACUCCAAUGCAGAAGACAACUUACGAUUGCGGCUACUUCGUCUUGAAGUUCAUCGAAUCUUGGGAUGGAAGGAGGUUACUACCAUUCUCACCCUACGACAUGCCCGCACUAAGGAAGCUUUACCUCAAGAGAUGGAUGGCUACUGAAAGAAACCUCAUCAACUGGGAUGAACUGCUCUUUCCAAAUUGAUACAAAGGUACAUUCUGUUUUUUUACAGAAUGCUACAAUGCUAUCUUUUUGUAUCUUAUCUGUUGUGGCGGACAUGAAUACAAUCUCUAAAAGUUUUGUUUUAUCAUAUUAAGUGAAAAAAGGCUGUAUCAUUUGAAUUUUUCAGAAGCUCUAUG